CUUUUCUGACAGAUGGAAAAGUGUAUUUACUUCCGGUGAAGAGUUCAGUUGUUCCUGGAUAAUAAAGUACUCAAAUAAAGGUGAGCAGUAAAGAUGGAGUCCAGCGAGGAGGGGGGCCUCAGUGUGGGCGGCUCUGUGGGCGAGGAGAACUAUUUCCUUGGAUACACCUUCACCGACCGCUCCCACUCCAACCGGGUGGUGAAGAGCAUCAUGGACCUGUGUGUGGGGGACAGCCUGUUCGCUGACGUCACCAUCAACGUGGACAGCAAAGAGUUUCAGCUGCACCGGCUCGUGCUGUCGGCACAGAGCAGUUUCUUCCGCUCCAUGUUCACCUCCAACCUCAAAGAGUCCCACAACCGCUCCAUUGAGCUGAAGGAUGUCAGCGCCACUGUCUUUCAGCUGCUGGUCGACUACAUCUACCACGGCACGAUUAAACUGAGAGUGGAGGAGCUCCAGGACACCUAUGAGAUGUCCGACAUGUACCAGCUGACUGCUCUGUUUGAGGAAUGCUCCCGCUUCCUCUCACGGACAGUAGAGGUCAACAACUGCCUGCAGGUGAUGUGGCUUGCAGACAGACACAGUGACCAGGAGUUGUACACCGCAGCUAAGCAUUGUGCCAAAAUCCACCUGGCCCAGCUGCACCAGACUGAAGAAUUCCUCAACCUGCCUCUCUGUUUGCUCUUGGACAUCCUCAAAGAUGGAGUUCCUAGUUCCCAGAAUCCAAAAGUGGCCAUUGAUUCAUGGAUAAACAACAACAAGGUGGAGAGAGAAGAGUUUUUAUGCAUCCUCCAAGAAAAUCUCAAGGAAAUCGGGGAGAAUGUCCACAUUUACCUGAUUGGUAAGGAGGAGGCGCGGACUCACUCGCUGGCCGUGUCACUUCACUGUGACGAGGACGAUUCGAUCAGCGUGAGCGGCCAGAACAGUUUAUGCCAUCAGAUCACUGCGGCCUGUAAACACGCAGGUGACCUGUAUGUGGUGGGGGGGUCCAUCCCUCGCCGCAUGUGGAAGUGCAACAUGCACACCAUGGACUGGGAGCGCUGCGCCCCGCUGCCCAGAGACCGCCUGCACCACACCAUGGUCUCCGUCUCUACGGAGGACACUAUCUACUCACUGGGGGGAAAGACGCUGCAGGACACUCUCUCUAACGCCAUCAUCUUCUACACAGUGAAGGACAACAUGUGGACAGAGAGCAGCCAGCUGGACACCGCGGUGUCCGGGGCCGCCGGUGUGAACCUGGGAGGAACCAUCUACCUGCUCGGGGGGGAGGAGAACGACAUGGACUUUUUCACUAAGCCGUCUCGACUGAUUCAGUGCUUUGGCACCGACACACGGAAGUGCCACAUCAAACCUUACAUGCUGCCGUUCGCGGGCUGCAUGCACGCUGCGGUGCACAUGGACGUGAUCUUCAUCGUGGCAGAGGGAGACUCCCUGGUCUGCUACAACCCGCUGCUGGAGAGCUUCACCCGCCUGCGCUUCCCCGAGGUGUGGAGCUGCGUGCCUUCUCUGUGGAAGGUGGCCAGCUGUAACGGCUGCAUCUACGUAUUCAGGGACAAAUGUAAGAAAGGAGACGCAAACACGUUAAAGUUCAACCCGGCAACAUCCGUCGUCUCAGUUAUCAAAAGUUUAAAAAUCUUCCUCACAAACUGGCAGUUUGUCUUGGCCUAAACUCUCCUCUGGAAGUCAUACUGCGGUCCACACAUUCACCACAGACAAUCAGGGACAACUAACCAUGACUUCACUCUUCAGACAUCCGCUGUAACUGUAUUUACUCAGCUGGUUUCUGUGCCACUCAUUCCAUCAGGACUUCACCACCAGACCAGUAAAAAGGAACAGCGGUGUGUGUGUGUCACUCGCUUGUGUUGUUCCAGUGUGUCUCAUUGUGAAGUCAAACAAUGUGUAGUGAUGCUGUGACGGUGAAAUAAUAGACGUUGUGUCCUGUGCACUGCUCGUUUAUUGACACGCAUGAACAACUCCAUUGUAAAAACGUGACUGAACGUAAAACAUCCUUCAGUAUAUUGUGUGUGGUUAAACGUGUCAUGAUGUUGAAGGAUACAUAUCCUCAGAUGUCAUAUUUGAAGUAAAAUGUGUAUAAACCUGAUAAGAGGAUGUUUUCUAACUUUUACAUUUUUCACAGUUUCUUGUCUUACGAUUGUAUUUUUUGAUGUUAAACUGUAACAGAAAUGUCAAAUAUAUGGCUGUAGUUGCAAGCUUUCA